UCCACCACCAAAGAAAGCAAAGAGAACACCAUUUUCAACCAUGGAGCUCUACUCCGCUCACCACCACCUCCUCCGUCACCACGACCCAAUACCCAGAUUCCUCCUCCGCACUGCGCCCAUAUUCCGCAUCACCUCACCUCCGCAGAGAUGCCACCGACGCUGCUUCUCGAAAACGACGGCGGCCCUGAUGGAGCAGACGGGAGGGAAAAUGGUGGUGGAGCUGGUCGGAGCCUUCAACGAGCUCACUGAGAGAAUGGGCAUGCUCUCCGGAAGUGGGUCCCACUUACUCUUCAAAGCCCUCAAGCUCUCCAUUCCCUUGCUCCACGCCUUGCCUAGAACCCCGGACGGCCGCUCCUCACUCUCCAAAGCCUUGUCUUUCGCCUUAAUUCUCGCCGACCUUCAGAUGGAUGCGGAGGUGAUUUCGGCUGGGAAUGCUGAGGCCGGAGCGAUUUCGAUCAUGGCAGUUGGGAACCAGAUUGGUACCGGCACAGCUCAUUUGCUGCACGAGAGCAUGCGUGUGAUGAACACCCCUUCCAAGGUUGAUGUCCUGGAUGAUGACAGUGCAGCUGCAUUGAGGAGGUUUUGCUUGACGUUUUACGAUACGAGGGCUGUGGUUCUGGACUUGGUUUUGAGGCUCGAUAUGAUGAGGCACAUAGGUUAUCUUCCGAGUUAUCAGCAGCAGUUGGUGGCUUUGGAGGUGAUGAAGAUUCAUGCGCCUUUAGCUCAUGCUGUUGGGGCCAACUGGCUGUCUUUGGAGCUGGAGGAUUUGUCGUUCCAGUGCUUGUUUCCGAAUUCGUAUUUGUAUGUGGAUGAAUGGUUGAGGAGUCAUGAGACUGGGAGUGGGACGUUGGUGGAUGUGUACAAGGAGCAGCUUUUGCAGUUGUUGGGGGGGGGGGGGGGGGGGAUGGUUGUGGAUGUGUCGGUGAGUGGGAGGUAUAAGAGUAGGUAUAGUACUAUGAAGAAGCUUUUGAAGGAUGGUAGGAAGCCGGAGCAGGUGAAUGAUGUGUUGGGGUUGCGAGUUAUAUUGGAGCCGAGGUCUGGAGAAGAUGAGGCGGAAAUGGGGGAAAGGGCGUGUUACAGGACUCGUGAAGUUGUUCGGUCUUUGUGGAAGGAGUUGCCUCACAGGACAAAGGAUUACAUUGCUAGGCCUAAGGCGAAUGGUUAUAGGAGUUUGCAUAUGGCAGUUGAUGUGAGUGAUGGUGUCAAGACUAGGCCUUUAAUGGAAAUACAGAUAAGGACCCAGGAGAUGGACAUGUUGGCGGAUGCUGGGACGGCAUCCCACUCUUUGUACAAGAGUGGUCUUACAAACCCAGAAGAGGCAAAGCGGCUCAAGGCUAUAAUGAUGGCUGCAGCAGAACUUGCAGCAUUGCGCCUUAAAGAUAUUCCAUCGGCCAAUGGUGAAGGCAUUGAGACUGAGCAAAGUAAGAGUGAUAGAGUGUUCCGCCUUCUUGACAAGAAUGAUGAUGGAAGAAUCAAUAUGGAGGAACUUAAGGAAGUCAUGGAAGAGCUCGGUGCCCCAGGGGAAGAUGCGUGCGAGAUGAUGGAGCUCCUUGAUGCUAAUAGCGAUGGUUCUCUUAGCUCACACGAAUUUGAUUUGUUUCAGAAACAGGUUGAGUUUAUGCGUAAUUUUGAGGACAGGGAUCAGCAGUACAAGACUGAAUUGAACGAUAAACUUCAGAUUGCAGAAAACAACAGCUUGAUCCAGGAUGACAUAGGUAGAGCUGGCUCUUAUGAAAUAUGACAUCUGAAGGAUCAAAAUGCAAUGGGAUGUGAGUCCAACGUUGUUGUUCCUGACUCGCUCUUUACUUAAUUUCAUGGAAGCCAGCCAUCCACCGGUAUAGAACUUGGCUACUACGACACAACUAUUCCGGUCAAGGGAAGGAUCUGCAGACACGAUAACCUUCUCAAGUCUUGCUUUGUGUUUCAAGGGAGGGAGAACUAUGGGAGCAGCUGAUUUUCGAACAGGGUUAACAAGAGUGAUGGUAGUUUGAUGUUUGUCUAGUGUAGCUGUAGCCAACUAACCAUGGCUACAGGCCUACAGCCUAGAAGUAGCGUGUUUGUUCCAUGAGGCAGUACUGGUGACUCGAUAUUCUUGAUGAAGACUCUUCUUUCGGCUAUGCUGUACAGUGAACAUCGCAAGAUUUUUCGGUUGGUUCCAGUGUUAUGAACUUCUUUGAAACGAGAAGGGAUCGAUAGAGCACGGGAAGUAUCUUAUUAGGCCCCCAGCGCUGCGUGGUAUGAUAGUACUGUUUUGCAGGGAUGUCAUUUCUUGCAGACUACGGCAAAAUUAACAAAGUCUAUGAGCUCCAACAUUUCAUCCACACCAGAAAUACAAGGCCUCCUGGAAGAUUUGACCGUCCUGGUAGGUAGCUACUAGCUAGCUACUUUUGUCCUCUUAGAAGCCAUAUCGAUCCAAUUAUCCAAACCCAAGGACAGGAAAAGAACAUUAAGAGAAUAUAUAGCCUGAGCCUUUUGAGAUGAUAUACCAAUCGAUUGGUGCAACUCAAGAAAUCUAUUCAUAAUCUGAAGCGGAGUCCUAUAGCAACAACGUUAUCUGAUCAGAGGCAGAAGGAAAUAGUAACGAAGUCAUUAACAUAAAAAAUUCUUGUCUAUCUAUAUCAUUGUUGAGAGGUCUAAUGUCUGAUUUCCCAAAUGUACUCAAGAUGUCAUGUAUCUGUAAUUCUGUGAUUAGCUUUUUAAAACGGCAAUUCUGUAUCUAUUACAGAACGUACGUG